UUAAUAUACAUUCUCAGAUAGAGAAAAGGAACAAAAAGGAGAAAUGUGAUUUAUUGCACUUUCUUUUAUGUAAUUGUAGUUGACUUCAUAUGGUCCAAAUUCUGCCCUUGAAUGCUCAUACACAACUUCCAUAAUGUGAUUGAACUUGUCAAACCAAUGGACACCCUUUUCCCUGCUCCACUGGAAGAAGCUAUAUCUUAUGAUAUUUAUUCAUCGUUUAUUGCAGUACCUCCAGAAUCAGAGGUAGAAAUUGAGGAAAUUGAGCAAGAGUGUCAUCCAGAAGGGCUCCAACCAGAAACAGAAUCUUUGGAUGUAGAUCCUAUGGCUGGGUUCACCAUUGCAGAUGUUAAGUCAGUAUUGGGUCAAAUCACUAAUGAAAUUAUUGGCAGCCUUCAGACUGAGAUAAACGAAAAACUGGAAAUGCAAGAAGAGGCUUAUACCAUGAGAAUAGAAAAAUUAAAAAAAAGACUUGAGUAGCUAGACGAGAAGGAUGGUGCUGGGCUUUAAAGAAAUCUAUGAAAACAAAAGAAGACAGUUAUUAUUAAAUUUUUUUACAAAGGAAACUGUUGAGCUAAAUAUUCAGCCAAAUUUCACAACUUUUCUGUCCCCUAAUAGCACUUAUAUUUACUCUGUACUUAGAAAGAUAAAAGAAUUAGAAUGAUAUAUAAUUCAAAAAUAUAAAAGUAAAGUCCACUUCUAAAUAGAAAUUUCUGAUAUAAAUGUUUAAAAUGUUAAAAUUCUCAAUAAUUCCACUGCUUUGUUUCUCCUUUUGUAAAGAACUAUGAAAUAUGGUUCUGGAAUUUCACCCAUCUACCCCAAAUCUACAAUGUAUUUAAUACCAUUUAACAUUUUUAUGUACACCAUUUUUAAAUUACACAAAUAUAGGACUGGAUCCUACAUUUCUUUUUCAGACAUAGCUUCUUCUGACUUCAGUAGGAGUUUUUUCUGAAAAUUGUAACAUUUUAAUUCUGACUGCAUUUGUUACUUGAAUAUACAUUAGCAUUGUUUAUAUUUUGUCGCAUAUAGUAUAAAUGUUGGGUAGCCCAAAAUGAAACUUAACAAAUAAAAGAUAGGAGGCAAACUAACUGUGCAAUAUAUUCAAGAAUUGUAAAACCCAUUCAUUUUUACAUUAAAGUUCUGACCCUUUGAAAGCACUUGGUUAAAUAUGAAUCAUGCUUCUAAGUUUACACUAAAUAUUAAAUGGAAUAUUUGAAAACAGAACAUUUUUAAGCAGUAAAUGUACAUGUUUGGUUAGCAUAACAUGUUUAAGAAAUGAUUUCCAUUCCAUAUACGUUUUUGCUAGUGGAACAUAAACAUUAAUGUCUCAACCUAAUUGGGAAAGAGAAUGAGUUAUUUAAAGGGUCGUCUUUGUCACUCUUCCACUUGCAGGGGAAAUAUCACCUGGUGUGUAUGGAACUGGGAAUACAACCAGAAGGGGGCAGUGGCUGCUUAUUAUUCAUGAAAAGUAUUUUUAAAAAUAAAUCACAUCCAAUAGCACCAUCAGAUUGGGAACGGGCUGUGAAUGUAUUCUUGAGAACAUAUUUCAAAUGUGGACAACAUG